AAAGGCGCGGCCGGGGACGCGGAGGAGGGGGACUGUUAUUUUGCACGCUUGCCCGGAGAGGGCCCCCCCAGCCCGGCGCGCCCCUAGCUAGACUCCCCCUUGGGCCCCAGCCUGGGGGCGACCCCGGCUGGCAUUCGGAGCGGGCGAGGAAGGGGGCUGGGGCCGCGGAGCCGAGGGCACCGGUCCUGUGGCUUGGGGCUUCCCGGCCCAGCCCUGGGCUUGUGUGGGCUUCAGGACGAUCAGCAGCGCCCCCCUCCAAGCGUGGCCCUGGUGCCCCGCACCCAGGGUCACCAAGGCUGUCCCCGCCUGUUGGAUCGGAGCGUCCUGAGGUCCCGGGCUGCUGGAGUGUGUGGUCCCCCGGGCCACCAGCUUUGUUUUCCUUUGUGGAGAGAGGAAGGGUGGGGGUUAUUUAUCAGCUGGGAUUCUCCCUUUCCUCCCGUGUGAGAAACGCUUGUUCUGCGGGCCACCAUGGGACUGGUACCCCGACCUUUAGAGACGCCCCCAGCUCCUCCGCGUGCCAGACUCGGAGUGAGGCCAGCGCCCUCCCCAACUUUGGCCUCAGUUUUUUUUUUUUGUUUUUUUUUUUGUUGUUGUUUUUUACUCUAUUCUUCCCACGGCGUAGCCUCCCCCAGGGAGAAGGAUUUGGGGAGAGAGAAGGGGAAAGAGUGUCAAGAAUAAACCAUGGAGCUGCGUGUGGGGAAUAAGUACCGCCUGGGUCGCAAGAUCGGGAGCGGAUCCUUUGGGGACAUCUACUUGGGUGCCAACAUCGCCUCUGGUGAAGAAGUGGCCAUCAAAUUAGAGUGCGUGAAGACGAAGCACCCGCAGCUGCACAUCGAGAGCAAGUUCUACAAGAUGAUGCAGGGGGGAGUGGGGAUCCCAUCCAUCAAGUGGUGCGGGGCUGAGGGUGACUACAACGUGAUGGUCAUGGAAUUGCUGGGGCCCAGCCUGGAGGACCUCUUCAACUUCUGCUCCCGCAAGUUCAGCCUCAAGACGGUGCUGCUCCUGGCCGACCAGAUGAUCAGCCGAAUUGAGUACAUCCACUCCAAGAACUUCAUCCACCGGGAUGUCAAGCCUGACAACUUUCUCAUGGGCCUAGGGAAGAAAGGCAACCUGGUGUACAUCAUUGACUUUGGCCUGGCCAAGAAGUACCGGGACGCUCGCACCCACCAGCACAUCCCCUACCGGGAAAACAAGAACCUGACGGGCACCGCCCGCUAUGCCUCCAUCAACACCCACCUGGGCAUUGAGCAAAGCCGUCGCGACGACCUGGAAAGCCUGGGCUACGUGCUCAUGUACUUCAACCUGGGCUCCCUGCCCUGGCAGGGCCUCAAAGCAGCCACCAAGCGCCAGAAGUAUGAGCGGAUCAGUGAGAAGAAGAUGUCCACGCCCAUCGAGGUCCUCUGCAAAGGCUACCCCUCCGAGUUCUCGACAUACCUCAACUUCUGCCGCUCCCUGCGGUUCGACGACAAGCCCGACUACUCCUACCUGCGCCAGCUCUUCCGCAACCUCUUCCACCGGCAGGGCUUCUCCUACGACUACGUCUUCGACUGGAACAUGCUCAAAUUCAUGCGGCCCCCCUCAUGCCAGCCCCCCGCCCUUCCCUGUGGACGGCCCCGGGACCGACUAGGGUGCAGCCCGGAACCCCGAGGACGUGGACCGGGAGCGGCGGGAGCACGAGCGCGAGGAGAGGAUGGGGCAGCUGCGCGGAUCCGCCACGCGAGCCCUGCCCCCGGGCCCACCCACGGGGGCCACUGCCAACCGGCUCCGCAGUGCGGCCGAGCCUGUGGCUUCCACCCCAGCCUCCCGCAUCCAGCAAGCUGGCAAUACUUCUCCCAGAGCGAUCUCUCGGGUCGACCGGGAGAGGAAGGUGAGCAUGAGGCUGCACAGGGGCGCACCCGCCAACGUCUCGUCCUCGGACCUCACUGGGCGGCAAGAGGUUUCCCGAAUCUCAGCCUCACAGACAAGCGUGCCAUUUGACCACCUCGGGAAGUGAGGAGAGCCACCAUCGGACCAGUGUUUGCUUAGUGUCUUCACUGUAUUUUCUUUUAAAAAAAAAAA